AUGAUCGCGGUCAAAGGGGCAGCCUUGAGGGUGUUGCUGCUGCUCGUCAUGCUGGUGACGCCCGGUGCAAGGACGAUCGAGGUUCACGAAGACGUCAACGAGGGCCCGAGUGCCGAGGCACCACAACCGAACACGACCACGGCUCCGCUGGCUACGGCCUCGGCACUGGCCUCCACGGCACUUCCGGGGACGGUUAACGAACGCAAUGUAAAUGACCCGACACCAGGGCCGCCAUCGCAGCAGCAGCAGCGGCAGAGUGCACUGCACCAUGGCAACGCGGGCCAAGAAGCGGCGCACAAUUUCACCACGAUUCCCAGCAACCACAGACUGCCGCAGCAGCAGCAGCAGCAGCAACAACAUUCCGGCACGGCAACGGUCGGCCAGCGUGACUCAGCAUCACCGGCAUCAAGGGCGCCGGAAGUGGCGCCGGGAGGACCUGUUACGCCGACCGUCACCGCCGCCUCCGUAGCGCCGAGUGCAUCUUUCCGGGUCGCGAACGGCCAUUUGCAGCCGCCACAGCCGCCGUCGAUCGGCGAGCGGCUGAAGGGACGCCAGCAGCAGAUCUCGGGCUACCGGAAGCGCCAGCUGUACGCCAGCGCCACGCAGCCACGCAGGAACGCUUCGUACGGCCUCGAGCAAAGCUCCGAGGCACCGUUCGUCCCUUCGCCCGAGGUGGGCCUCCCGUACGGUGAUGACAGCUCCUCCCCGAUGCUCCCGAUCCAGGGGCCAGCGUACGCGCCGUCCGCCGUCGAUGCUCUGUUUCCGGCCUCGAUCCCGACCGAGUCCCGUUGGUAUGCGUCCGGCAACGGGCUGGGUGCUGGAGGGCGAGAGUACGACCAUCCUACGGGCCACCAUCACCCCGUUUGGGCGCAGCACGACCCACCCGUCAGGCCGCACCAGGUCGUGAAGUUUCCGUCGGAGAGCACCGUCGCACUGUUUCCGGCCCCGAAGGGCAAAUGGAAGUGGAUCCCCGAGGAGGAGGAGCAGCGGGGAGAAGUGGAGGCCCCAGUAGCGACGGCUGGCCAUGCCCCAUCACCGGAGGAGCACUCUGGCUUCGGCCACCGCCAUCCGUACCCGUUCGAUCCGUACCGGAACCAGCAGCUGCCGGCCACGAUCGAGGGUGGGACGUUUAGCAGCGACGCGACGGCUGGCAUCGGCAACGCUAGCGGCAGCGCGGAAACGACGCUCGGUGGUGUCCACAAGGAGCUACUUGGCAAGGACGAGGCACACCGUAAAAGUGUGUCGCCGUGGAAGAAGAUCUUCCACGUGCUGGGGGCGGCCAUCCCGAUCGGGCUGCUCAUCUCCGCCCUCACGCCCCAGGUCGUCUACAUCAACCCGAACGCCACGCUACCUCCGCUGACGCCGCUACAGACACCCACACCGAUCAGCGGAGCGGGACUACAGGGACCCGGGGGUGUGCGCCAGCGUAGCCUCGAUCCGAACGCGGACCACGGACCCGAUCCGGCCACGGCGGCCCGGCUGCUCCAGAAGCUGAGGGCGCUCGAGCGUGACGCGGACGGCGACGGCGGCGGCGACGACUCGAACCGACUUGGGCGCUGCGACUGGAAGCUCCUCUGCCAGCUCGUCCACCGGCCGCACGGCGACCCGGGCCUCGACCUGUCGACGCUCCAUCAGACGCUGUGGAAACUCACGAGCGAUGAAAAGCCGAACGGCGUCGGGACAGUCAGUUUCACCCGGCUGAACCCAGCGGUGCGGAACGGUACCACCCCCAACAGCACCACCCUCGGCACCAAUAGCACCGGCCCAUCGACACCGGUGGACCGGAAUCGUACGGAGGUGGGCGCGAAAGUGCGCCCGGCGUACACCCGGACCGAGCUGAAGGUCUCCCGAAGCCUCAAUCCGGACGCCGUGCAGAAGCUGAGCGUGCGGUCCAACAAUGGCCGCAUGGUCCAGAUCAUCGUCAAGAAGCGCAACGGAAUGGAGCUACCGGGACCGGGAUCGACACCGGCUGGCACUACACCGGCCGCGCCCAAGACUCCGGAGACGCGGCUUGCCGGCAACUACCGGCUGUCGGCGGCCGAUUCGGCCCCACACUCGGUGGACAUUGUGAACGCCUUCCUGGAGCACGUGAACCGUGUCGAACGCCCGGCUCGGUACACGGACGAACAGGACGGGACGAUGAAGAACGAUCGGCGCCCGGUCCGGAUCAAGGUGGCUGACGGUGCCGUCCAGGAAACCCGUGUGCCACCCCCGGUCGUGAUCAGUUCCGAUCCGGUCUACAUGAAGGACGGUGCGGGACCGAAGGUAGCCAAACGGGGCCGCGCGCUGCAGGAGAUCGGAGCCGACGGUAUCCCGGUCGUGCACGGGAUACGCGUUCCGGACGACGAGUCGGACAAGCGACAAGUGUGGCGCAACGCACGCGUCAUCAACGGCGAACUGGUGCCGUACGAGAAGGGACACGUUCCGACGAAGCUCGAGAACGGAGGCGACAUCUACGGGCAGCUCAUAUUUGCCAAACCGUCCGGCCGGGGACCGCCAUCGGGUGGACCGUCGAGCGUCCAGCAACAGCGCAGCAUCGGACCGUUCACGAAGGCCGAUAAUUUUCAGCCCAGCGAAGCGAGCUUCAAAGGAUUCGGCCCGUUCAGCGUCGAGGACAACCUGCACCACCACCCGGGCUCGGUGCCGGAGGGAGCGCGAGUGACCGGCAACAUUGGACCGUUUUCGCGGGCCGACAACUCACGCCCCACGUCGAACGCACGGUUGGUGGAAUAUCUGCGCAAGAUCAACGACGACGAGCGGCGCAAGCACUACCCGCAGAUCAUGAGCAGGGCCAAUUUCAAGGGCGAGGCCGAUCCGAUGGCCGAACAGCCGAAAAUCCAGCGCCGUAUGCUGCAGAACCCGGGCAACCCGACGUACCCGGUGUCGCAGCUGUACUCGAUCAACGGCGCGGCCGGCCGAGACCAGGACACGGAGCUGGACGACACCCGCAAGCCGGUCCUGCAGUACGCGCACCCAGAACUGGGCGUGCAGCCGGCGAAACCGGUGCCACCGGUGGAGCGGAAGCCGACCAAAGCGAUGAAGAAGAUCAUGAACGUGGCACCGCAGCCCCAGGACUAUUACAACAAGGCGAUGCACAACGACCACUCGCCGUACGCGAUGGAACCGGCGAUGGGCAGCAAGGACUACUACGACCCGCCGCAGCAGCCGCAGUCCCCGGUUAAGAUGCCCGGGCCACGGCCUCAUCCGCAGUACGAAAAUUUUAAAGGCCCCUCGACGUAUCCGUACAACUACGGGUACAUCCGGCGGGUCAAGCACGAGCGCCCCUUUUGGGCCAAGAUCACCGACCAGAUGCGGGACAGCCUGCAGAACGGGAUCUCGUCGGUGCAGGAGUUCACCAAGCCCGUCCUGGAGCCGAUCGUCGAGGCCGGACAGAAGAUCUCGAAGAAUCUGGGAUUUGUUCGAAAGUCUGACGAGGCUCAGGACAAGGUUGGCGUGGUGGUGGCACCAGCUGCAAAUUCAAUUAUACUCCCGGCUCUAGGGCUGAUGGCGGGCGGGGCCGCCCUCGGGCUGGGGGCCGUCGCCGUGGGUCGUUUUUUCGACAUGGGCCUCCUGCGCCGCUCCGGGGCCGACUUUUUCCCCAUCGAUCUGGACGAUCUGGAGCACAAGCGGGCGCUGGAGGCGAUCGAGCAGCGGCAGCAACCGACCCCGUACUUCAUACUGGUGAACGGGCGGAACGAUGAAGCGGAUGGGGCGGGUGAUCGUGCCGGGCGGUCGCGGCGCGCGAUCGACGGUCUCGGCCUGCAGGACGUCGGCAGUAGCUCGGCCAGCUCGUCCCGGGCCCGGUUCGAGCAGCAGCUGCGGGAAACGAACUGGAAGAAUCCUUCCUGUGCCAAGCGCACCUUCUGCCUGGUGAUGGUCCAGCAGGGCGCCGACGAUAUCGUCCUGAUGGAGAAGAAAAUGUACACCAUGCUGGAUAUGAUGCAUCCGGCCCUGGCUGCCACGCUCACCGAUCACCUGUCGGAGGUGACGGACGCAAUCCGGCAGAACGAUUGCUCGCGGUUCGCCUGUCAGCAGUGGCCGGCCGGGCGGAGCGACGCCCGACCCUAG